AGUUAUGAUCAAAUUAUUUUUUAGUGGGUGGUACUGGCGAUUCCUUGGCAUAAAUUAUGUUGCUCUUGUCUUCUGUUUCUUAAAGUCGGUUGAAGGAAUAUUACCCACAGUACACCCAGCAAAACUCACGCAUACAAACACAAAAAGAAGUGAACACAGCUCCAAAGUGGUAGAGAAGAAGCACAACUUCUGCUAAGAACAAUGGGAUGGGGGAAUUUUCUCAAAGCAGUUGCAUAUAAUAUCGACAUUUUUGCAGGGCCUGUGGUGACACUAAUGUACCCUCUAUUGGCAUCCAUUAGGGCUAUAGAAACUCCAUCUCGGCUUGAUGAUCAGCAAUGGCUGACAUACUGGGUUUUGUAUUCAUUCAUUACCCUCUUUGAGCUUACCUUCGCUAAGGUCCUUGAAUGGCUGCCUUUCUGGCCUUAUCUGAAACUCGUUGCUACCUGUUGGCUGGUGCUUCCUAUGUUCAAUGGGGCGGCUUUUGUAUAUGAAAAUUAUGUGAGAAAGCUCAUUCUUAACCCUAAAUUUGAUUCAAGGUUCAAUCCUGCGCAGAAGAAAAUCGUGAACAUGAACCCUAGCACAAGAGGAGUUGUUGAACGUUUCAUUGAACAAAAUGGGCACGACGCAUUUGAUAGACUCGUCAGGAGGGCUGAAAAGGAAGGGAGAUCUAGCAUCAUCACAGAACAUGACUAUGAUUAUGACGAGUAUUGACAGAUAUUGAUCUUACAAAACCAAUUGGAUCAUACAUUGGAUGCUGUCUGGAAUUUGCUAUUGGCAUCACAAAUGUGGCUGUAGUUCCUUUCUCGAAUGAGCCCGUAAACUAACUAAUUUCAGAACAUCUUUUGGGUACAGAGGUUAUAGAUGAUUUUGUUCUCUCUCUAAAUUAUGCUGUAAAAUCUUUUUCUGUUGUCAUACUUGGAUGGGUAGUGGUUUGCAAUAAGUUCUUAUGUCUGUUCUUAGUGAAAUUGAUUGAACAACUGCAAGUGUCUGUCUUGUUCAAAAGUAACAUAUUUGUGAAUUUUACAGUAAUGAAAAUUUCUUUACUAGUGUUGCA